GGGCCCCGGGCAAUAGGGGAUCAUGGGGUCCCUGUGUCCUUGCCCAAACUCAAAAAUCCUAUGAAAAAGGUACCAGGGGCAUCUCAUGGGGCCCCUACCCUACUGACCCCGGGCCCUCGGGCAGUGCCCGAGUUUCCAAAUGGUCAGUCCGCCUCUGGAUAUGACCGCUGUAAUUGCAGACAAUAGGCCUAAAUUGAAGACACAUUCCGUUUUUUUGAUUUAUUUUUUUUUUUUUCUUCUGACAUGUUGGUGUUAUAUCUUUCACUUGGACGUUAUAAGCUGAACUGAAU